AUGGCCUCCCCCGACACAUACCACGACGACCGCGAUGCCGAGUACCACGAGCUCCGACAUUCCUCUACCAGCCGCUUCGCCCGCCUCUCUCGGCCCCUGAUCGACUCCGUUCGGAAUGGCUGGCAGUCUCAUUCUCCAGCCUACCACCCUCUCACUUUCGCGAACGAUGAUAAGCACCCUCGCUGGGUGCAGAUGGCCCUGUCCGUCAUUGCGGCUCCACGAUUCCGCCGCUACGUCGUCAUUUACCUGACGCUCUUCCUGCUCGGCUGGGCCGGCUGGGGUCUGGUGAUCUCGCCGCGGUUAGAGGAGCGGGCUAGGAUGUUGCGGGCAUUGGACCCCAGUUCGAAGACAAAGACAGGUUGGUUUGGGACGAAUUCGUUGCCGCGGUUUGAUGAUUUGAUCCAGAUCCGGACACUGGAUUCUGGUCUGGUGCCUGGUGGCCGGAUCGACGUGGGGAAUCUGGACGAAGGGAAGAGGAGGCGAUUGGUAGUUGUUGGGGAUGUUCAUGGGUGCAAGGAUGAAUGUAGGUUGCUUGAAUACCCCCGAGCAUAA